CUGCGCACAGGACAGCGCGACAGCGGAGGCGGUGUCACUUGUUUCCGCCACCUUGCUGAUUACACCUUUUGUUGUGCUGUCUAACGAGCUGCUCCGACAACUACAUAGGCACCAACAACAACAAUUAUCCUGACAUAAUGAUAACAGCGACAACCAUGUCAGGGGUGGCAUCGAAGCUCCAACACGACCGGGAGAAGGCUCAAGGCAUCGGGACGAAUGCCCAUGCGGUCAAAUACCUGAACCAGGAUUACGAAGCGCUGAGAAGGCACUGCCUUGAGACAGGGCGCCUGUUCGAGGAUGAAACUUUUGAAGCGGAAGCCUCUUCUCUUGGAUUUAACGAGCUUGGACCAGGGUCAUAUAAAAUUCGUGGCGUGACCUGGCAGCGACCAACGGAGCUUACCCGCAACCCAAAAUUUAUCCAGGAAGAUGCCACCAGGACAGACAUCUGCCAGGGAGCCCUUGGUGAUUGCUGGCUCCUAGCCGCCAUUGCUUCUCUGACCCUCAACAAGCAGGUGUUGGCACGGGUCGUCCCUCAUGACCAGAGCUUUGAGGAUGGAUACGCCGGAAUAUUCCAUUUUGAGUUCUGGCAAUUUGGAGAAUGGGUGGACGUGGUGAUUGACGACCGUCUGCCCGCCAGAGAUGGAGAACUGUUGUUCGUUCACUCAGCGGCCAAUUCAGAGUUCUGGAGCGCCCUGUUGGAGAAGGCCUAUGCCAAGCUGAAUGGCUGCUAUGAGGCCCUGUCUGGAGGCUCCACCACUGAAGGGUUUGAGGACUUCACCGGGGGCAUAGCGGAGGUCCAUGAGCUCAGGAAAGCUGGACCGAACCUCUUCAAGAUCAUCAAGAAAGCACUGAACCGAGGCUCCUUACUUGGCUGUUCCAUUGAUAUCACCAGCCAACAUGACUCAGAAGCCAUCACGUCCCAGAAGCUGGUGAAGGGACACGCAUAUUCUGUGACUGGAGCGGAUGAGGUGGAUUACAGAGGUGAGAGAGUACAACUCAUCCGCAUACGUAACCCCUGGGGCCAGGUGGAGUGGACUGGGGCCUGGAGUGACAGGUCUUCUGAAUGGCGGUCUGUUAGUGAUGAGGACCGCUCCAGACUGAAGAACGCCUCAGAGGAUGGGGAGUUCUGGAUGUCUUUCUCUGACUGGAAGCGCCACUACUCUCGUAUUGAGAUCUGUAAUCUCACUCCCGAUGCUCUGACGGAUGAUGGGUUUGAGAAGUGGUCCCUGUCCAAGUACGAGGGCACCUGGAGGAGGGGCUCCACUGCCGGAGGCUGCAGGAACUAUCCAAACACCUUCUGGCAGAAUCCACAGUUUGUGAUUAAGCUGGAGGAGGAGGAUGACGACCCGGACGACAACGAGGCCGGCUGCACCUUCAUCGUGGGCCUCAUCCAGAAGAACAGGAGGAAGAUGAGGAAGAUGGGCGAGGACAUGCACACCAUCGGCUUCGCCAUCUACGAGGUGCCAGACGAGUAUGUAGGAAGGAGGCAGGUUCACCUGCACAAGAACUUCUUCUUGCGUAACGCUUCGAAGGCGCGCUCGGAGACUUUCAUCAACCUGAGGGAGGUGUGCAGCCGCUUCUGCCUUCCUCCCGGCGAGUACCUCGUCCUCCCCUCCACCUUCGAGCCCAACAAGAACGGAGACUUCGCCGUGCGCGUCUUCUCUGAGAAGCAUGCUGAAUUUGAGGAGCUUGAUGACCCCAUUGAUUGCCAUGUGGAGGAGAUUCAUGUUGAUGAGGAUGACAUCGACGACAGAUUCUCCAAUCUGUUUGAUCAACUGGCAGGACAUGAUUGUGAGAUUUCUGCCUUUGAGCUUCAGAGGAUCCUGAAUAGGGUGGUGACCAAACGUAAGGAUAUUAAGACUAGUGGGUUCAGUCUGGCCACCUGCCGGAACAUGGUCAACCUUCUGGAUAAAGAUGGAUCUGGCAAACUAGGAAUCGUAGAAUUCAAGAUCCUGUGGACAAAAAUCCAAAAGUAUCUGGACUACUACCGUGAACAUGAUGCAGACAACUCUGGAUGUAUGAGCUCUGCGGAGAUGAGGGUGGCUGUGGAGGAAGCAGGAUUCACUCUUAAUAACCCCCUGCAUCAGAUCCUUGUAGCCCGCUACAGUGAAGCUAGUCUCUCCAUCGACUUUGACAACUUUGUUUGCUGCUUAGUCCGCCUGGAAUCACUGUUCAAAACAUUCAAGGUACUGGACAAGGAUGAUUCUGGAACUGUGGAACUAAGCCUUUUUGAAUGGCUGGAAGUGGCUAUGCUCUAGAGCUCUUUUUGAACACUGGAGGCCAGUGAACAGACCUCCAAUCAAACCUUUUCCACAGAAUACUGUAGGCACUGUGUGGUGGUAUCAGGUUAUGCAGCCCUGGGUCUCAUCCUUCUUCUUCUUCAUCAUCUUCUAAUAUCUUCUCUCAUCAUAGUUAAGAUGGUUCCUCCACAACACACAAUGCCUUACUGUAAUUGUCAGUCAUGCUACAACUGAUACAGCAUUAUGUCAUGUCUAUUGAGUGUCUUUGUAUGGUCUCUCUCUUCUUAAUACAUUGCUGUGUUCUAUUCACUCUGCAUGUAAAAAAAAAUGAGUCCUGCUGAUUUACAUGGAGUAUCUAUUGCUCUCCAUUUUGUCAGUGUAUGAAGAAAAGAAAUAAAGAACUAUCACACAA